GUGUUUUAUAAACCGCCCAACUUUUUGCUGUAUCACAUCUAUCAUGAUGCAAACACUCCUGCUACCAGCGUCUCGUCGGCAAAAUCAGUAAUUCAGGAACCAUGGAAAUCGAAAGCAAAACUGGUUUCAAAACCCGACUCCAUGAACGCUCUGAAAGCUUCGAUUUCGGAAGAGAAUCAGGGUUUAAUCCCACCGAUCGAACUGUUUCUCGUCGUCAUAUUUCAUUCAAACUCCAUGAAGAUCGAACUAGGGUUUACUUCCAAGUCGAAGGGAAAAAUCCCGUUUGGGUUCACGACAGCAUCAAUGAUGAAAUUAGGGUUUACAAAACGUCGGAAGGAGGUGAAAUGAAGAGCGGAGAUUCGUUUUGUGUUUCUUCGAAGAACCCUAUUUGGUUUAAUUUGAAGAAAAUCGCAAGUGAAGAAGACGAUGAUGAUAAAUCGAAAAGCGAGCUCAGAUUCGACGACGUAUUAGCAGAGACUUCAGGUUCAGGGAUUGAUUACGGUGAAAUCGACAUUGGUGGUGAUGUUCCACAAAUCGACCCUGUUAAAGAGUUCAAUUUUGUUGUUAUGGGACAUGAGUUUGAUUACUACCCAAAGAAACUGAUCCGCGAUAUAAGGAAUUGGGAUUGGUUUCUUGAGGAACCUAAAGAAAAGAGUGAUGAUGAUGAUAGUGAGAGAAAAACGAAAAAAGGCACAAGAAAGAGGAAGAAGGGUGGACGAAAGGAUAAUGAUGACGACGAUGUUUGGACGGGUGAGAGUGAAGAAGAUGCCGAAAUGAUCAAGAAAUUGAAAAACGUCCCAAAACCCAAAUACCCGACAUGAUCAAAGAACCAAAAGAAGAACAAAAAGGAUGCGGGUGCGAGUACAAGUACUAAAUAUGCAAAAGACGAAGAUGAUGACGAAGAUGAUGAAACCUUGGGUGGUUUCAUAGUUGAUGAUGAUGAAACAAGAGAAGAAGAUGAUGAUGACGAGGAGGAGGAGGAAGAAUUUGAAGAAGAUGAAUAUGAUGAUGAAUAGUUGUACUUUUGGUGUGGUCUUUAGACAUGACUAUAUCUAACAUGUAGACUUGUUUUAAAUUCGAUUAUGAAAUAUCGGAAUUAUAAUUUGUUCUGCUGAACAAUAUGAAAUGAGAUAUAGCAGAACACGUUUGUAUACAAGGGCAUCUUCACGUGUUUUUCUGGUUAGAAAAUGGGA